AUGGAAACUACUUGUAAAGGACGUGGACGAAAAGUCUAUCCAGCUAUACUCUUCACAGUGGAAUUUGGGGCACCAGGUGAUAACGACAUUGUACUUCUCGGCUAGUAUUUCCAGACGUGAUACCUAGGAGGGACAGAAAAUCAAGUUUAAAUAUUCGAAAGAAGAAAAUUUCUCAGCGUUUGAAAUGCAGGAUGAGCAGACAUGAGAUUCCGCAAAUCGGGAACGCUGAUCUUUGCUGGAUGUUUGACAUUCAGCUCUUUUGCUAUCUCUAAUAGACCUUUCGUCUUCCCUUUGUUGAUUCCACUUUGGAAUUUGCAUUCCAGGACGCGCAGCUGAUUUUUCGAAUCUAAGUCAGAAACGUUAUCCAAUUGAUUUUGGAAGCAAAGUUAUUACUAAAUGAUUACCUUUGUACUCUAUCUUCUCCACGAGACACUUGGUACCAAUUCCUUUGUUAAAAUCAUACACGCUGUGUGAUUUGGCAGUGUGUGUCCUUGAAAAACGUACAAGUGCAGGUUAUUUCUAAGGAUUACAGACGUUUAACAUACCUGGCAUUAUCCACGACUAUCUCAACUUGUAAACCUUUGAAGGCUUGUUUAAAUUUGAGCAUCUAGAACAGACGUUCGAAUUGUAGCAAGACAGUUGAAUUGUCAAAGUAUGCAUUGUAUCCUACAUCGAUCGAGGCUGAGGCAGUUCGUUCGAUGUAAUCCAGUCCGUUGUCAGCUAGGAAACAGGAAGUUUCAAAUUGGUUUCUGUCCUAGGAACUCCGAUCAAAAAAGCUAACCGGCUAGUUGAGAAUGUUUCUUCACAGCCUCUUCCCACUCCAACGGGGAAAGAGAAAAGAAAGGACCAGAAGGGUGAGCUACAAUGAAAUCACUGGCCAUUCGACUCCUGCCUCUGCCCUUGGAAAUGAAGGGAGCAUCUUCUCCUAUGAACCAUCUCUUGUUGCUAACCUCCCCCG